UAGCAAACAGUUUGUUAGCAUACAAAGGUAUCAAAGUGCAGCGCUGAUCAGGCUGACGCAGUACCACUGUAUCGAGAGUCGUAUGUUAGUUUCGUGGAGUAUGUGACUUUCACAAUGUGCGAGUGUGUGUGACAGUCUGACAGGGGUAUUGUUUCAAAAUUUAAGUCAUUAAAGCUUCCUCUUAAAAACGCGGUGUACAGUGGAAUUGUUUUUUUGGAAAAUUGCAGAAUUUGUUUACUUAUCAAAUAACGAAAAAGGAUAGUUAAACUUCAUGGUGCAUUUUUGAGAACUUCUGCUUUGGAUAAUUUAUCACUUUGACAUAUGCAAUGGAAGUGAAAGAACUGUUUCGUGAGAGCAGAUAUCCCUCAGGUUUGUCAGCGUUACUUCUGUCCGUCUAUUCGCCGUUUGGAUUGCUGCUGGCAGUGCUCAGAUUUUUGUUUGGACUACAGCUAAUCCUUACGAGUAGACUGCUGCCACAGCUGUCUAUCGCUAAAAGCAAGGCCUUCCAUAUUGUCUGCCCUUUGCUUGGUCUCUUAGUAUCACAUGAGAACAAGGAAGCCAAAGAUACCACCAGCCGGGUAUUUGUGGCCAAUCAUGUCACUCGCUGGGAUGCUCUCAUCUUCCAUCUCACUUUAGGUUGCCUAACGAAACCAAAAGACUGGGGUCUUCCUUUAUGGGUAAAUGACCUCCUUGGUAUUAAGGAUGACUUGGUGGAUGAAAGGCACCAGGAUUCAGACUCUGGCUCUGGUGCUGUCCUCCUCCUCCCAGAGGGAACCACAACUAGUGGAACUAAAGGAUUGCUAAAAUUUGCUCCAUGUGAAUUCAGUGCUGUGCAGCCAGUUGCUGUGAAAAUCAAGCGGCCAGCAUUUGCAGAUGUGGCACCCACAUUGCUGUCAUCUUCCACAUGGGCAGAUCUCUUCUGGUUUCUCUUUACGCCUUACACAAUGUAUACACUCAUAUUUCUUCCUGUGAUGAGGCGUGAAGAGGAUGAGGACGACUCUGCCUUUGCCAAGCGCUUGCAGACAGAAAUUGCAGCUGCACUAGGUCUUUCAGCCACAACUUGCACUGCAGCAGAUAAGGCAGAGUGGGCGAAGAGACGUGCUGCAGAACUGCGUCGACAGGCGGCUGCGGCCAGAAGAGCUUUGGCUCAGGGAACAAGCAGUGAUCUUCAAAGGAUGGUAAGGCAGGUUGCGGAGGUUCUGCCCCGUGUGCCACAUGAGGCCAUCCUGCGAGAUCUCAUGAGGACUCGCAGUGUUGACAUUACAAUUUCUAAUAUUCUUGAGGGCCAAGUGAGGUAUGAUCCUUUGCCUGAGAGUGUGUCACCCUUGUCAUCUACACUUAUUACAAGUAUUCCCAGUGGAGCAUCACAGAGCACCAGCUCAGAAAGCUGCCCGCCUUGCUUCCCAAAAUCUGCUCAGGAGCGUAUGCAGUCAUUUCAUGAACGUAAAGCACGUCUUAUAGAAAAUGCUCGUCAGAAGUACAUAGAAAAACAUGGUUUGAAAAUGGGACUUAACUGUUAAGCAAGACUUCAAUGGCCAGUUCAGUUAUCUACCAAAUGGUGACAGAAAAUGUUGUUCUGUGGACAUAAAAUCAGUGUCUUAGGAAAAUCCUGGUCGUGUGAGACUGACUUUUUUAUGUAGAGUGUUGUACAGCCACUUGUAAAUAUUGUAUGAAAGUCAUGUACAUCUUUAGUGUUGAAUGGCAAUUGCUGCUAUUUUGGGAUCUCUUGGAAGACAAUACCGAAAAUCGAUUGAAUGAAAUUACACUGCUUGCAGUCUUCUUGUAUGGACGUGAAGAAUGCUAGUGGGGAAUAAAAAUUGUACUUAGAUUACCCUGCAUCAUCAUAAGCAUAUAACAGAAAGAAAAAUAAUACAUAUUGAAUGGAAAAUUAAUUUUAAAUUUUAAUCAUGGAUUCCUUGUCUUAAGCUAAUGCACAACUGAUUUUGUACUGAUGCCGGAAGUAAUUAUGCAUUUUUCAGAUAUUAUUGAUUUAUUACUUGUACUUCUGUAAAACAGAAUAAAGUGUGUAGAACAUUUUU